UAACAACAAUAGUCAUUUCAUUUUUUACAAAACAAUCACUCAUAAAAAAUACUAUUUCAUAAUUUAUUGCAUACUACAUUUAACGUGUUCUUUAAAUUUAUUACUGUUGUUAAAUAAAAUGGAAUCCCACCCUCUGAAUUUGGCGCAUCAACAGCAUCGUCGUGCUGAGGCUCAUCUAAUUAACAAUAGAUAUGAUGAAGCCAUGCAAUGCCAUCACAAUGCUGCGGAAUUACUUCUUGACGCAAUGAAGUCCACUACCUCUUCUGUGGCUUUAGAAUCUAUAACCCUCCAGCACAGUUAUCACCUUAAACAAAAAGCUCUCAUCAAGUGCAAAAAGGAACAAUAUGCACGCAUAAAGAAAGCUAUGGAAAACCUUAAGAUUUUAGGCAAAGACCCUCUCAAUCAAACUAAUGAUCAUGCUAAAGUUCAAGUGGCCAUUUAUCGAGUCAUAAAUGAAACUGACAAUUUAUUAGGAGUUCUUUGUAAUAAAAAAGAUGAUGAUGACCCAAGUUUAUUGAAGGAUGUGACAGUGAAAGAUGUGAUAGAUGGUAAGAAAAUUGAGAAAUCACAGGAAACUGUAAUAGAGGAAAUGCAGAUUCUGAACCAGAACUUGCACUCAUUAGUGGAGCAACUGGUAUUUCAGGUUGAAGUUUUGAAAGAUGAAAAUAGCACAUUGAAGGAAAGAGUAAGUUAUUUGGAAAAGGAAAGAGUGAAAUAUCUCAAUUUGCCAUCAUCAACUAAUGAUUUACUCCAGAAAAACUUUUCAAUGGUGGGUACAGUAACAGAUGGCUACUCAAAAGAUUUCACACCUGUACCAAUCACUAACCCUGCAAGCAAAGCAGUGACCUACAAUGCUAUUGAAAGGCUUAACCAACAACCACACUUUGAUCUUAGUGCACUGAAAGAUGAUUAGUUGAAAUAUCUAUGUUUUAGUUGGUAAAAAUAUUGUAAAUAUUUACAUUAAUAGGUAAAUAUUGUAAAGUAUAUAUAGGUAUCUAUAUAAAAUUAAAAUCCUUUUUUUUA